ACGGGUUACGGGGUUUUACUUUAUGCAGUUUUUCAGACGGUCCUUUUUUACACUGUUGUAGAUGUUGUGUUUAUGAUAAUAAUGAGUAUAAAAUGCAAUGGAGAAUGAGUACUGUAUCCAGAGUCGAAAUACUGCUGCUGGACUACAAAUGGAUAAUGCGUCCAUUUCAAGCAGUCGGUAUGAUUUUAUGGAACAAUCAUGUGGAUGGAGCAAAUGCAAACCAAAGAAACUGCAAAAAUUGAAUAGUCCGAAAUGGUUUCUAUUCUUUUUGGCUGUUUUCUCAGUUGCACAAGGAAUGAUAAUCAAUGGCUUUACCAAUGUUGGUUUGUCCACCUUAGAAAAGCAGUUUAAUUUAACAAGCAAGCAGUCAGGAAUGAUAGUAGCUGCUAAGGAAAUUUCAUCCUUGCUACUCAUAGCGUUUCUUAGCUUUUAUGGCAGUUUUGGUCAUAAGCCCAAAUAUCUAGGUUAUGGUGCACUAUUAACAUCAUUUGGCAGUCUCCUUUAUGUGUUACCACACUUGUUGAUUGGUAAGCAUAUUCCUGAUGGAGUAACAGGCAUGACAAAUGACAAAACUUGUUCGAUUUCUGCCUCAUAUAAUCACACAGUUGCAGAAGCUCGAUGCGAACUUCUUGGUUCCUCAGAAUGGUAUUACUUGUUCAUUUUCAUAAUUGCAAAACUUCUAAUUGGUGCAGGAACUGCACCAUUGUUCACAUUAGGUGCAGCAUACAUUGACGAAAAUGUGAAGCCAAAGGUAGCACCUGUGUAUCUCGGUGUAUGGUAUGUUUCAACAUCCUUUGGACCAGGAAUUGGAUUUGUGGCUGGUGGUUCUUUACUAAAUGUUUAUGUGGAUCUGAUAGAACCACCAGGAAUGGAUUUAAGUCCUAGUGAUCCACAGUGGAUAGGAGCUUGGUGGAUUGGUCAUUUCUUUGGUGGGAUUCUAAUAUUGCUAUCUUCAUGUGCUUUAUUGGCAUAUCCACGUUCCAUGCCUGGUGCAAAAGCAAUGCGUUUAAAAGCUAUAAAAGAAGGGACAAUUCGCCCUGAGGAUGUUCGAAUUCAAGGAAAUUUAAGAGACAUGCUACCAGCUACAUUAAAUUUAAUAAAGAAUGCAACUUUUAUGUUUAAUACCCUUGCAGUGACAUGUGGCACUAUAAUAGCGACAGGUUUAGGCCCUUUCGUUGUCAAGUAUUUACAAGCACAGUUCGGGGUGUCUACAAUGAAAGCUGGAAUAGCUUCAGGUAUAACUCUUAUCCCAGGUACUGCAGGCGGUAUAUUUAUUGGGAGUUACCUGAUGAGAAGGUUAAAGGGAAAAGACACAUGUGAAGCUGCUGCUCGUUAUUGCUUCUUCUUUCAAUUAGCUGCUAUUGUUUCUGUAGCAUCCUUCUUAAUACCAGGCUGUAAUCGACUGGUUAUAGCUGGUAUACACCAGCCUUAUCAUGACCACACAAAUAUCGAAACAUUUGAGAAAAAUUUGACAUCAGCAUGCAACUUGAACUGUGGUUGUCAAAGCUUACAAUUUAAUCCCGUGUGUGGGAUUGACAACAUCACUUAUUUUUCACCGUGUCAUUUGGGUUGCAAGUACAGAAGCACGAAAACAGUUUUUGGUGGUUGCGCAUGCAUCAAUUCAUCUCUCUUGACAACUGCAGUUGUUGUCAAUUGGACUGAAUACGCUGUCACGUUUAAAGCACCUGUCACUGGGGUCAGUGGUGAAUGCGAUCGUGACUGUAAAAAUAUGAUUCCCUUCUUAAUCGGAGUGGUUGUUCUGUUGGUCUUAAAUUUUGUGAAUGCUGUUCCAAAUAAGAUGGUUGUCAUGAGGUGUGUCCCUGACAACGAAAGAGCAUAUGCACUUGGAGUUCAGUGGAUUUUCGUGACCCUGCUAGGUGCCAUGCCCGGACCUGUAUUAUUUGGGAUUUUCAUUGACAAGACCUGUGAUCUGUGGCAGACCACUUGUAAAGGGCGUGGUAGCUGUCUUGUGUACGAUAAUAAAACAUUGAGCUACGAAUUGGCUGGAGCUAUACUUUUAUUUCAAGUACUUGCAGCUGUGUGCUACUUUAUUUCAUGGAGAACAUUCAAACCUGCAGAAAAUUCUGUCAUAACAAACAUAGAUGAGAUACUUCAGUCGCGUGACGACGAUACGCCUUCCUCACCGACCCUCUCGCCUAAUUUGACACUUGUCUCUGCUCUUGAUGAUUCGUCUGUUUCUUUAGUGUCUGGUUUAUCGAGGCAAGCCCCCUCAAGCUCUGCAUGUACUGUCACAAAAGAAGAUAAUUCCAGUGAUAUAAAUUCAAAAAUUUCUAAGAUACAACAACGUGUGAUGCAGUUAGAAAGUAGUAUUUAGACUUGAAGCAGCCACAAGAUAUGCGUGGUGUAUUUCUAGAGGACGAAAGCUUGCUUUGACAGGUACUAAAAUCUGUAGAUUGCGAUUCAAUAUGUCCGAAAAAAAAACGUUAUUUUUAUUUUCGCGUUAAUUACAAGUUUUCUUUGUCGUUGCGUUUCUUUAUUCGCUAUUUUGAUUAAAUACUAAUUAGCCGUACUGUAUAUUUAGUUGUUUAUAUGUUUAAAUUAAUUUUUCACAUUUGUUUAUAAUAUUGCAUAAUGUUAAUUUUUCUAUUUUGUUGAUGAUGUACAUUAUUCAUUUUCUUUAAACAAAAUUUUCUGAAUUUCAAGCGAGGUAGAAAAAGUAAUUGCAAGAAUCUAAUUGACCAUUUUAAUUCAUAUUAGUCUACAUUAACAGUCAUUUUUAUGAUUAUAACAAGCAAUCGAAUGUUUUUAACAUUGUCUGGUUGAGAUAGGCCUUCUUAAAGCUGCUUUUUUCUUACUCGCUGUAACGAUUAUAUGAUAAUAAUAUUUUUAGUAAUUAAUUUUUUUCCUUGCAAUUCAUAAAAGUAUUUUCUCUAACAAAAUUUCCAUACGAAACACCGAAUUUUCAAACUACAUUGUUCUCUGAUGCGAAAUUAUUUUGUUCUCUUGAUUUUACCCUUUUAAAAAUGAUCGGGUUCGUGGCUGGUCCCUUACUCGUUUCACACAAGCUACUUCUACCUACAUAAUAUUGACUUGACUAACAUAAUUUUAACAAAUACAUUGCAUAUUUAAAAGUUCAUUUGUAUAUAUAUUUUUCAUUUUUGAUUUAUAUUGAUAUGUCACUUCA